AUGGCUCAAGGGAUCCGCAAGGGUGGUUCGGCGCUUCAAAUCCACCUGCAACCUGAUGAAGGCGACAUCCUCAUAUUCAUGCCAGGCCAAGAGGACAUCGAAGUGACGUGCGAGGUGCUAACGGAAAGACUGACAGACCUGGACAGCGCGCCUCCCCUGACGGUGCUGCCCAUCUACUCCCAGCUUCCAGCCGACCUGCAAGCCAAGAUAUUCCAGAGAGCGCCGCCGGGACAGAGGAAGUGCAUCGUCGCUACCAACAUUGCAGAAACUUCGUUGACUGUGGAUGGCAUAAUGUACGUCAUAGACUGCGGUUACUGCAAGCUGAAGGUUUACAAUCCCAGGAUCGGUAUGGACGCGCUGCAGAUCUACCCGGUGAGCCAGGCCAACGCGCGGCAGCGAGCCGGGCGCGCGGGCCGCACCGGGCCCGGCAAGGCCUUCUGCCUCUACACGCAGCGCCAGUACCAGCACGAGCUGCUGGCCGCCACCGUGCCCGAGAUCCAGCGCACCAACCUCGCCAACACCGUGCUGCUGCUCAAGUCGCUCGGCGUCGAGGACCUGCUCGCCUUCCACUUCAUGGACCCGCCGCCGCAGGACACAAUCCUGAACUCGAUGUACCAGCUGUGGAUCCUGGGCGCCCUGGACGGGACGGGCGCGCUGACGCCCCUGGGUCGGCAGAUGGCGGAGUUCCCCCUGGACCCGCCGCAGUGUCAUAUGCUCAUCGUCUCCGCCGACAUGGGAUGCAGCGCCGAAGUGCUUAUUAUUGUGUCAAUGUUGUCGGUGCCGUCAGUGUUCUACCGGCCGCAGGGGCGCGAAGAGGAAGCCGACUCCGUCAAGGAGAAGUUCCAAGUUCCAGAAUCUGAUCACCUCACGUUACUACACUUGUACAACCAGUGGAAAUCUAACAAUUACUCGAGUCAGUGGUGUACGGAGCACUUCGUGCACGCGAAGGCGAUGCGCAAGGUGCGGGAGGUCCGCCAGCAGCUGAAGGACAUCCUGCAGCAGCAGCGCCUGCCGCUGGUGUCCUGCGGCACCGACUGGGACACCGUGCGCAAGUGCAUCUGCUCCGCAUACUUCCAACAAGCAGCUCGUCUGAAAGGCAUAGGCGAGUACGUAAACUGCCGCACGGGCAUGCCCUGCCAUCUCCAUCCCACCUCGGCUCUGUUCGGACUGGGGUCCUCGCCGGACUACGUGGUGUACCACGAGCUGAUGAUGACCACGAAGGAGUACAUGCACUGCGUCACCGCUGUCGACGGACGCUGGUUGGCCGAGUUGGGACCGAUGUUCUUCUCCGUUAAGGAGACUGGGAAAUCAAACCGCGACAAGCGUAAAGAAGCGGCGGUACACCUCCAGCGAAUGGAAGAAGAGAUGAAGCAAGCAGAGCAGAAGAUGGCAGAAGACAGGAAGAAGAGAGACGAAGACGUACCGGUCAAACAGGAGAUCGCGACUCCCGGACUCAACACGCCGAGGCGGACUCCACACAGACUCGGCUUGUAG